GUUCAUCGUUCGUCUGCUCAAGCUUCUAGGUAUCUUACAAGAUUGUCCAUUUGGAAUCGAAUUCGGCUAUUCAGCCAAGGUGAAGGCCGAUGGCCCCCAAUAUAGACAAAGAAGCCGAUCAUAUCAAGAACAAAGCCAGAAAAGAAUUACUAGAACUACUUGAAGGGGUGCGCGGAAAGAAGAAUCUGGUCAUUGGGAAGGAUUUGACUGGGCUGCUCAGUCUGUUCGUACAGUUUCCCACACUCAAAGAGUACGGUGUGGACAAGGUGUUCGAGCUCGAAAAUGGCAACACCGACUCCUCCCAAAGAAACAUUGUUUAUCUUGUACAUGGUGAGAAGGCAAACUUGGUCCAGGCCGUAGCAGAACAGAUCAAGAAGAUACAGAAAAAUGGGUCGGUCGAGCAUGAGAUCUCCAUCAUUUGGGUUCCAAGAAGAACGCUCGUCUCGAAUAAGAUCCUGGAAGAUGAAGGGGUUCUUGGGGAUGUGAAUAUCUCCGAACUGCCUUUGUACUUUCUGCCCCUAGAAGACGACAUGCUGUCUAUGGAGCUCGAUGGAGCUUUCAGCGACUUAUAUCUGACACAUGAUCCUUCUCCGCUGUAUCUCGCUUCGAAAGCUCUGAUGUUGAUCCAGCAAAGACACGGUCUAUUUCCGCGGAUCCUGGGAAAAGGAGACAACGCUCGCAGACUAGCUAACCUGCUCCUCCGUGGACGCAAAGAGCUCGACGCCGAUGAAGCCGCAACGCAGUACACAAAUACCCCGAGCACGUCAAUCGAGCAGUUGAUAAUCUUAGACCGCGAUGUCGACUUCGCAACUCCACUGUUAACCCAGCUGACUUACGAGGGGCUGAUUGAAGAAUUGAUUGGGAUCAAGCACAACCGUGCAGAUGUUGAUACUUCGAUUAUCGGUGCUGCUCCUCAGCAGCAGCAACGAACCCAGACUGGAUCAUCCUCGGUACCUCCAGCUCCAGCGGUGCGACAAGGCCUCAAGCGCAGAAUACAGCUUGAAUCAUCCGACCCACUAUACGAAGACCUACGAUCCUCCAAUUUUGCUCUCAUAGGCCCACACCUCAACAAGAUCGCUCGACGCCUCGAAUCUGACUAUGAAGGCCGACACAAUGCUCGAGGAAUCAACGAGCUUCGGGACUUUGUGAACAAGUUGCCUGCCUUCCAACAAGAACAUCAAUCUCUGGCCGUUCACACGAACCUGGCAGAUGAAAUGACCAAACAGACCCGUUCUGACGCCUUCAAUCGCGAAUUGGAAGUGCAGCAGAACAUCGCUGCCGGAACAGAUCCAAUAUAUCAGCACGACACCAUAGAAGAGCUCAUUGCCCGUGACGCCCCUCUCAGCGCUGUUCUACGUCUGCUGUGCCUCGAAUCUACCGUUGCAGGCGGCCUCCGAAUGAAGGACCUGGACUCAUUUAGAAGGCAAAUAUUACACGCCUAUGGCUUCCAACAUCUCAUAACUCUCGACGCUUUAGAAAAAAUGGAACUGCUUCAGCCGCGCUCAUCAGCCUCGGCGCUACUUCUACCUGUCGGCGGUGCAGCAGGUCAGUCAGAAAAGGGCUCCAAGACAAACUAUGCGUAUCUGCGGAAAGAACUUCGGUUGAUCGUGGAUGAAUAUAACGAACAAGAUCCAGAGGAUGUCGCCUACGUAUACUCGGGCUACGCGCCGCUGAGCAUCCGAAUUGUGCAAUGCAUCCUUCAGAAACAAUAUCUUCAAGCUCUCCACAAGUCGCCCCUGCCUCUCACGCCUUCUAGCACGGGCUGGGCAGGAUUUGAAGACAUCCUCAAAUCUGCAAAGGGGCCGACAUUUAACAUUGCGCAAAAGCCAACAGACGAAAAAGCAGCCAAGGCGAAGGCGGCUCUUGCAGGAACAGGAAAUUGGAAGACUGUCUUCAUCAUGUUCCUCGGUGGGAUCACCUUCACGGAAAUUGCGGCACUCCGAUUCAUUGCACGCAAGAUCGCCGACUCUGGACAAAGGAGGAAGAUCAUGAUCUGUACGACGGGUAUCGUGAGUGGGAGAAGCAUCCUGGAUGGGUUGAUCGAGAAGUCAAACUUGGGUUCAGGUCUUGCUUCAUGAUGUCGACGUAG